UGUACUGUACAUAAGGAACCUGUUAGGUUACUAGUUAACCUCCUACCUUGGCAUUUUACGUGCAGAAAGGGACAUGGUCUGUGCGAGACACAGUACCAAAACAUAUCAAAUACGCGCUCGAUACAGCCCGCGGUCAGAUUAAUACGAUACGGGUUCUGCGAUUACAACGUAUCAGACAGUUUCCCAGCUGUCCAGGUAUUGUCGGUAUUGUAAGGGGGGGUGUGUGGGGUGGUGGGAAGGUAAGAAGAAAGAAGAAAGAAGAAAGAAGAAAGAAGAAAGAAGCUGUGUGUUAGACCUGAUCCCAUCGAGCAGAGAUAGUUAUCUCAUAUCUCGAGGCCCCCGUCAGUACGUUGCGUGUACGUUGUAACUACGCUGCGUACUAACUACUAGUUAUCUCGUUAGUGGCUGCCACUCGCUGCCUAGUAGUAGUGGCCAACCUGGGACCCGCCCGGCCGGAGCGUUGCAGAGAAGGAAGUCAGAGCGAGCCCACCACACAUCUUCUCUCCCAAUCUCCCAAUCUCCUCCUAACCUCCCACCCUCCCCCUCCCCGCCAGCGAAGUUGACUGCUGCUGGACCCUGGGAUACCUGGAUAGGUGACCAGGAACGUUACAACGAGGCGAUCCCACACACCCGUGAAUCCCCCCCCCCCUUGUAUAAUUGCCGAUUCCCGUGGCGGUGGGCUCGAAUGUUUCGGAGGCCCGCUAUCAGCUUGUCUCCGACAUCCUGGGUUGCUUGGUCCCGGCUGUCUUCCCAAUCCCCAGUACCAUAGUAUGCACGCAAUCAACAGGUACAUCCACCACGCUGUCGCCAGUAGUAGGGAGUGUGUCCUUUCAGCCUGAAUUCAACCCUGGACGAGGGUUCAGAAUAGAGAGUCACCACGGAUUCCACCCUGGAUGUCACCUUCUUUUAGCCUCGCUCCACCCCGCCGCAUGACGCUGUUGCGGUGGGAAGCCAAAGCUCCCGCUACCAACGCGAGCAUCAACCCGCAGGCAGCUUGCUUGCUGUCACCUGUGUGACUCCAACGCGACAAGCUUCCUACUUCAGAACUUGUUGCAAAUCGACAAUAGUUAACGAUCACUCGAAAUCUCCCCCCAAAUCAAACUGCUCGCUAGCACCGCUAAUCCUCUGCCAACACAGCUGUCACAUGGAGCUGUUCCUGGGACCGAGUGAUCCCGGAGCCCUUUCGUUGAUACAGUAGCUAUCCCUCCUGUCCAGCCUGUGCCUCUCUCGCCGAACCCCCAGGCAGGAAAUUCGGCAGGUCUGUCUUUUCCCUGUCCAGAGAAACCUGUUGCGGUACGUCCGGUGCCUCCGCAGUAGUGUGCGCGCAUCGUUUCACCCCCAGGUACCACCGUCAGAAAGCCACCUUCCCCAGCCUAAUAGAUCGGGGUUGCUCGUGUCCCUCCUCCACGCGCUUUUCUCCGGGUUUGCCAGACUGGGUACUCUCUCCUCUCUCUCCCCUUUUUUUUGUUUUCUGGGGGAAAUUUUCUAUUUUUGUCGAUUUGAUUUGAUUUGAUUUUUUGAUUUUUACUUUCUUCAGCUAUCGUUUUUACCUUUGCCUAUUUUAUGCGAUCUGAGACUUAGAGGUGACUCAAUUCAGUAACUCUCCCGCCUCCUGAUCCCCUUCAGGGUGGAUAGUCGCAUCCCAGUGGUGAAGGGAUUGCCGGGCCAAAGAUCAAAUCGUUGGGUUUCCUGCGGGGGGGGGGGAAGGAGUACAACAAUAACAUAAGAUACACAAAGGGAGGCAUACAGAAGAGCCCCGUCGAAACAGAAACAAGGCCAGUGCCAGUGCCAAGCAGGAAAGGUAAAUUCCGGAAGGAGCGCGCGAUACAAAGGGCCAAAAUAAACAGCAUAAACCAGGCAAAGCGGAGCAAAUAGCGCCUGCAACGCUGCCUGUCGACGUUUUAUUUUUAUUGCCCAGAAAAUCCGACUUCACUGUCGCACUCGACUGUCGUUGCUGGCUGGUUUAAAUUUGUACUUCCCUUUUUAUUUUUAUUUUCAAAAAAAAAAAAAGUCGCUGCGCAUAUUUGGCGGGAAAAAAUAGAAGGGCUGGCAGGGGGACCUUUACUCUUCUGGAAGGUAUCAGGUACCUACCUGGGUUCAACCACUCGAAAGGCCGCUGCAAGGUACUCCCAGAUACAACUUUAGAAAUCUGCUCUUCCUCAGGCGUUUCUAUAGUAUAUAUCUACGAGCCACUCCGCCCCUUCCCGCGGUUCGAGAAACUACUGCUACAUCCGGAUAGAGUAUCGCCUUAUUUGUCCCGCCUUUUGUUCCGCUCUCUUUAAUAAUAAUUAUAUCUCCCCGCCCAUCUUCAUCCUCCGCGUUACAGUGCUGUUGUUGCUUGAGACAUUCUUUAAAAGGCAUAACAACCGCGCUUGACGACAGCCACCCGUUUCACGAGUGCCAAAGGUCGUUCAUGUUUACGCCCAACAAAAACCAAAAGCUGAUCUUGAGGGCAGAAAAAUGUGUUCAGGCUUUUGAAACUGGUUAUAUGAGCUGUACCUGAGCUCUUAUCGUGGCCCUUUUGGAAAUCCGUUCUCCGGCUUGCAUCCAGUAUAUAAAAUAAUAUACACCCAGUGCCACUUAUCGAUCAUCUAUCUCAACCCUCAUUCCUUCAACUAAAGGGUGCCAUUGGAGGGCAUACCAAUAUACCUCUUUUUCCCACGAUGGCAGACGCACUUGCAAAGAUGAACCGCCGCAUGCGGGCCUUCUUCCACAACAUCAUGACGCUCUUGAAGCGCAUGAUGAUGAUCCCUUCGCGGGCAGGGGAUGCAUCCGUCGCGAGGCAAGAGUCCUUCAGCAGCUCCAAACGACGCCGCCGGUCGCUCGAUGAUUUGUCGCAAGAGGUGGAUCGCCUUUUCACAGGACACCUGGGCGUUUCGAACCUGCUCUCCAUGUCGAAAAAGAUCCGAGCUCAGAUCGACAUAGGUGCGAAGACUAGUCCAGUCUGCAUGUUGCCAUCGUUCAACCAUACGCUACCCACUGGAAAGGAGUCCGGAACGUACAUCGCCAUGGAUCUAGGAGGUUCGACUUUCCGAGUUGCCCUUGUUGAACUUUCAGGAGGUGGGAAAAUGAGGAUUGUGCGUAUGACUUCUUCUGUGAUUGAUGAGACUGUGAAGAAGCUGGAGGGGAAGGCUUUCUUUGUAUGGAUGGCGGGAAAGAUCGAGGAGAUGUUAAGUGCCGGCGAGGAGAAGUAUGGUAUGGAAUCGGAACCCUUGCCAAUGGGACUAUCGUGGUCGUUCCCGAUCGACCAAACCUCGAUACGUAGUGGGCGUGUCAUUGCAAUGGGGAAGGGAUUCCUGUGUUCUAACGGCACUGUGGGUGACGACCUGAGCGAGUUGAUUAUGGAGGCUUGUAGGCAGCGGAAUCUUAAUGUUCGCAUUGACGCGAUCAUUAAUGAUAGCUCCUCGACACUCCUCUCGCGGGCAUACGAGGACACAUCGACCCGAGUCUCUUUGAUAUUGGGAACUGGUACCAAUGCUGCCAUCCAUUACCCAGUCCAUGCCAUAGGGCUGGACAAGUUUGGAACUCGGCCAGCUGAAUGGUUUGCUCAAGCGGAUCAUGUCAUUGUCAACACCGAGCUCAGCAUGUUUGGCGGUGGUGGGGUUUUGCCAACUACGAGAUGGGAUGAUGUCCUCAACCAGACACAUAUAAAGCCUGAUUACCAACCCCUGGAAUAUAUGUGCACAGGGCGAUAUCUCGGCGAGAUCGUGCGUCUCAUCGCAGCCGAAGCGGUGAAGACAGCAGGCCUGUUUGGAGGUACUCUUCCAGAAUCCCUGCAAGUCCCAUACACGUUCGACACCAGCAUCGCCGCGUUCAUCCAAGCAGACACCUCUCCCUCCUUAGCGUCUUCAUCCGCCUACCUCCAAAAACACCAUACUUUCGCCACUGCCCCAUCUCCAGCGGACCUCUUAUUCCUUAAACAAAUAUGCACCUCCGUCACACGAAGAGCAGCCGCCUAUCUCGCCGCAGCCAUCCAUGCCUUAUGGUGUCUACGAAAUUCUAGCGAAGCUCCCGCCCUCCCGCCAACGCCAGACUCCGUCACAUCCUCCUCUACAUCAAACGACAACGGCAGCGGCGAUGUCAAUUCAGAGAUGCCAUCCGACCUAAACAAGAAGCGCACCAACAACACCAACACCACCAGCACGACCACUGCCACCGCCACCAGCGACUACAACGUCACGAUCGCUUGCGACGGUUCCGUCAUCAACAAAUACCCGGGUUUCCAUGACCAGUGCCAACAAUUCCUCAACGACCUGACUCUCGAACGAGAUCCUUCACAGCCCUCCCGCCCCAUCUCCCCACCAGACUCAGCCACAACAUCACCUUCCAAGCAGGCAAUCACCACUGUAAUAACUUCGUCGCCAUCCAUCACGCUUGAAAGAGCCAAUGAGAGCGCUAUCUUUGGUGCUGCGGUUGCGGUUGCUGUUGCUGUUUCAGAACAUUAGACUUUUUGCGUUCUUGCGUUUUUGCUAUUUUGUUUUCAUUUGAGAUCAUUUUUAUUAUUAGAGAGUUUCUUCUUUUCGAAAAGAAAACACACCUCCUUUUUUUCACACCCUUUUUUUCACACCCUUUUUUUCUCCCCCUUUAGCCCCUUCAUCUAGUCAGGAUGGGAACGUACUCUAAAAUGAUGAAUUCAGAUCAAUACCAAGACCAGGUUGAGGAUUGUGUUUUUUACCAACCAACUUCCUCCUUCUCUAUGGCCUUGAUUUUAAUUCUGAUUUUUGUAGGCAAUCCCCCCUUACUCUACACCUCCCUUACCCCCACGGCCCCCACGGCCCACACCCCCACAUUUUCUUGUCGAGAGCGAUUCAGAUAUUUUUUAUGUAUUGUAUAUAUUUAUCUUAUAUUCUUCUUUUUCUACAUCUCAAUUCUCAACCCCAGUAGCCUAUUAUUUUAUCACCCCAGUUUGUCCCGGUUUUGCUGAACCUCGCAGCCAAUCCCGUCCUCAUCAUCGUCCCCCACCAUUCUAUUUUCCGUAGCUAUACAUACCUUCUUCUCUUCUCCCUUCUUUGUUGCAUCAUACACUGUUACCUUUCACUUCUACCUCAUUAUGUUUCACUUCUCACAUGUCCAGUUGCAUCUGCAAAACAAAAAUGUGAGUGUCAGUGUUUAAUUCACUGGGUUUUUUUUUUUUUUUUUUUUUUUU